AUGGUUCUGAACAUAAAGCGCUCUUCUUCUUUAGAAGGAACCGCCGUUGACAUCAAAACUACCGACAUUUUGAAGCCGUUCAUUCAUCAGGUAAAUAAGUUUUCCUGUGUUUAAUUGACCUUUCUGUCACUCGGAAAAUUUGGGUAGAGUUGAACUUUUCGAUUCUUACUGAGAAAAACUCUAGUGGCCACUUAAGAGGUUGAAGGGCUAUUUGGAGAGGACACUAAAGUGGCCACCUAAACGGUUGAAAACCAGCCCUAUGGGAGCCACUUUUUUGCGACCUAGCUGCCACUAUAGUAGUUUUUAGUGGUCCCGUGUGUAAAUAAGAUUUCCAAAGUGACCACUAAAGUUUAGCCACUUAAGUGGCCGCUAAAACGUCGAAACCCUAAUCUGGCCACUGAAGAUUUUUUCAGUAUCUGUGAAACUGAUGUGAGUCUGGAUUUUUGUGAUUUUGAAUGAACUUUUAGAUCGUUUUUGAAUGAUUCAUAUCUUAAACAAACUUAGAAGUUAAAUGAAAUAAUAUUUCAAGGUCGGAGGCCACACCCCACUGUCAGCGUUACCUCAUGGACACCUUCUGAAGCCCUGCGAUGAGCGAGAAAUUUAUUUCUAUCAAAAUAUGCCGGAAGCUUUGAGAGAAGUCGCGCCCCGCUGUUGCUCCACCUUGCAGGUUUUAUCCCUAAAAGAACACAAAAAACAAUAGUUUCUCUAGGGAAGCUCAGUGAACCUGUUGCCGACUUGUUGCGACGUUUGUGAGCUCGAGCAAGUGGAAGAAGUUGUGAUACCGGAAAGUAUGGAAGGGUCGCCAAUUUUGAACAAGCGGAAGCUUUCAAAGUGAAAAAAGUCAUUAGUCAUGUGUAAAAAUGUUUUCCAGAAACUUCAUCGUCAUAUCCGACAUGACUUACGGGUUUCGAAGUCCCUGUGUAUUGGACUUGAAGCUUGGGACUCGGCAGCAUGGUGAUCGGGCCACUCGCGCCAAAGCCGCCAUUCAAAUCGAGAAGUGCCGCAAUACGACUUCGGCCACGCUUGGCAUCCGUCUUUGCGGUGGGUUUUCGAAAAAAAAAUUUCUUUUUUUUUAACUAAAUCGAUUCAAAACGAUACCAUAGCGAAAAUAGGUAAAAUAUAAUGAUUCUUGCUAUCUUUAUUUAGCCUGAAAUUGGUUGGUCACGUUUAGGUAUGCAAUCGAUAGACCUGGACUCUGGGGAGCUGAUUAAAAUCAACAAAUACGAAGGCCGAGCAAUGGAUGAGUCCGCCUUGAACGCAGCCAUCCGUAGCUUCUUCUCUGGAUCUCCAAUCGCGGCUCUCGAAGUCCGCAGACGCGUCGCUGAGAUCCGCCAGGUAGUUCUAAUAUUCCUUGAUAAAGAAAUCCUUUCAUGGCUUCUGUACCUAAACGAAAACUCGAAAAGGAAGUAGGAUCUUCUCAGUAGAGCACAGUUUAACUUAACUUCUAAGGCUCGUUGUUAUUCUCUGCGUUAUUUUGAUGACCUCUUUUGGUUCAAGUGUCAUGAACUCGUAUUCAAUCUUUAAAUUUCGAAAAUUUAAAUUUUUCUUCGAAAAGCGCACAUUCUUGUAGUUUUUGAGCCCCAUGAGUAGGAAGCUCUUUUUUUCUGACUAGUGAGCUUUUUCGACGGUCUCUUUUAUCCACUUGUAAUUUGAGCUUGUUCCUGACACAUGUACCUUCAAAAUUCAAAAUUUUAAUGGUUUUCGCCGUAGAGCACACGUUCCCGAAGUUUUUGAGCCCACUGAGUAUAAAUCUUUUUUGAUGAUCUUUUUUUGAUCCACAUGUCAUCUGAACACGUUCGUGGCAUGGGCAUCUUCAAAUUCUGAAAAUUCAAUAGUUUUCUCCGUGGAGCACACGUUCCGUAGGGGUCCAGCUCUCAUGAACCCAUUUCAAGGCUUAUGGGCAUUUUUAAAGUUAAAAAAAAUUGAGUAGUACCGAGUGGUUCUUGAGACUGAAUCUAAAUACUCCCAGUUUCUGGACUAAUUUGAGGGUCUCUCUUUUUGAUCCACCACCACCUGUCAUGUGAACUCGUUCCCAAGCCGUCAAAUACCCGGAAAAGACGAUUCUUGAAACUUUCGCCGUUGUUGCAGGUUCUUGCCAAAAGCGAAGGUGUGCGGCUUUUCGGCGCCUCUCUUUUGAUCGUUAUCGAGCGGUGCCCUUCGAAAAGCCAACGUAAGUUGUGACGAGGCCUUUGUAAGAGGAUUUCCAUGUCAUUUUUUUCCUUUCUAGGCACGGUGGCGCGAGUCUGCGUCGUGGAUUUCGCCAACGCGACCUUCCCCGGUUACCUCGACGACAAUAGUCAUGAGGGCGUUGACGGCGGCUCGCUAAUGGGCCUCGAUACCUUGGAGCGCUUCCUUUCCUCUUGA